AUGGACGAAUACGAGGAAGCAGUCCUUUUCACGUUUGCACUACUGGAAACACGGUUGGAUCGCCUGGAGUAUAUUCUGGGCGGCCCGCAAGACAACACCAAGGACAAGCAAAAGACCAUCCCGGAUCGCAUACACAGGAUUGAACAGUCACUGCAGCAGCUGACGGGCAAGACUGCGCUACUCGACGAGGCCAAUACACUACUGAGCAAGCACAAAGAUAUCCUCAAGCCACAACACGACGACGAUGACGGCCCCCCACUCGACAACGCCCAAAAAGCUGUAUUAGUGACUGAACGCGCAACAAGCUUCGCGACAACCGCGUCACAGCUCCAAGCUCUUGAAGACCAGCAGAUACCCACCACUGAUGGCUUCGCCAAGCUAGCCAUGUUGCGACCGCGCAUCGCUGAAGCAGAAGACCGCCAACUACAACAAGCACUCAAGAUAUCCGAGCUGAGGAGAAGAAACGGCUUGAUGAAUCAGCGGUACCAGCAGGUCAUGCUCCUCGGCGCAGGAAGAUGCUGGGUCGACUACAAUGAGAGGCUCACCAAGGCCCUGAGAGCGCUUGUGCGGGAGGAAUAUAGGAGAAGACCUGCCGAGGAGGAAAAAGGCGUGGCACAAGAAGAAGAAGAGGGCGAGGAGGAUGAAUCUGAGGAAGAUGAGCUGUGA